UACAAAACUGGUUGAUAUACAUUUAUGGUAAAACAUUGCUUGGUUUUCACACUUUACCUUUUAUCUUAUCUAUAAAACAUAAUCAUUAAUACAGCUGGCUCUGCAAUACCAUGGGAAGACAGGCAGCUGGUUAAGUAGCCACCUCAGCAAAGACAUAUUACAUGCAUGAUCAGUACCUUAUAGAGAACAACAUGAAGAAACACACACUAAUUCUGGGGCUUUUUCUGGUUUUGUCAUGGGGAUCAGUGACCAGUAACCCUGAUAAGAAGACCUCCAAUUCAGAUAACUUUCCUUCUGAUAUAUUCCACAAUAAGACCAUCAUCACCGACCACCAUCAUCUAGAAGAGGAACUCAAGCAUGAAAUUGGUGACAUUAAUCUAGAUGAGGUUUCCGAGGAGGAGCUGGAGUUUUAUUAUUUCACUGUACAUGACUUUGAUCAUAACAAGCUUCUUGAUGGACUUGAGAUAAUGGCAGCCUUGCAGGACUCAUUAGAACAUCACAUGGGCACUGUUUUCACCAAGGAAGAAAGUAUGAAGCACUAUAUUGAAAUGACAGAUGAAGUUCUUCAGGAAGACGAUCUAGACAAAGAUGGAUUUUUAACUUAUGCUGAAUACAUGCACUCUCAAAAACGAACAGCCAGUCCUACCACCAUCCUGGACAAGAAUGCCAAGGACAAAAAAGGAACCAAGAAAACAACCUAAAACAGAUACAAGUGGCCAACAUAUAAAAGAUUCUGGACCAAGAGUUGACAUAUACUGUAUAUUACAAAAAUUAUCUACAUUGAGUCUUUCCAUUUGAUUACAUUAUAUAUGUCCAUCCAAUAUCAAUUAGUUAACAUGACCCCAUUGGUAGCCUUGGUUCUUAUGAACAUAUUGCAUUAGGUUCUGUACUAACAUUCAUUAAAAGCUAACACUAAAAACUUCAGCUACUCGGUACUUGAAUUUAACUCCCUUUAACUCAGUCUGUACCAUGUUUGAAUACAUUAUGCUAUUUUGUAGAGCCCAGUGUUUUGUUUUACUGGAAUGUAAAUAGGGGAAAAAAAAUCACCUUAUUCCUAUAAAAACUAAUAAGAAAUAAAAAAUUGCUUGUAUA